AUGAUUCGAUUGAUUCUAAAUUUAAUAAAACCAACAAAGAAAAAAAAGACAGAUUGGCCAAUAGCCGAGGCACUUUGUAUUUGGAUAUUUUUGGUUGAGAGUAGACAUGUAUAUUUUGUCAGGCCAAGUCGUAGAACGUACGAGUAUGUCACUUUUUCACAAAGACAUGCUGUGAUUCGUGAUCAGGAGAACGAAAUACAAUAUGCUUCAUUAGCCACAGGUAAUAAAAUACAACAUGUUCAAGAAGAACAUGACUUACUUUCUCGGAACUCUUAUUGGUCACAUGGUAUUACACUGGUCAAAAAACUUAAACAAAAGAUGGAGUGGUAUAAACACGCACACGAUAAAGAGAUGUCAACACCAGCUUUGGCUCAAAUGAUUUCAAUCACAUUAUAUAUGAAACGAAAAGGUGUUAUUUAUCGUUUUGAUCCAGUUGGUUCAUUUGAGCCGGUGCUUUGUAAUGCUAGUGGAUCAGGAGAAUCUUUGAUUCAACCUUUUCUAGACAGUCAAGUUGGAUUUAAAAACCAACGAAAUGUUGAUAAAGUACCAUUACCACUUGAUAAAGCAAUUACUAUCGCAAAAGAUGCAUUUACAUCAGCUACAGAAAGAGAUAUGUACACUGGCGAUUAUUUAGAAAUAUUUGUUAUUACAAAAGAUGGAGUUGAAAUUCAAUCAUAUGAUUUGAAGAGAGAUUAA